UCGUUGCCGACUCCUCGCACCACACGACUGUCGGGGUGUGCGCUUUUUCUUUUCUUUUUUGGAGUCCUGUGCUCUUUUGUGGUCGCAGUUUUCUCCGCUUUUACCAAAGAAUGUGUUUUUGUCUGCGAGGACUUCAGAUGGAGUAGGGCAGUUCAGUCAAUUUCUCCAUGAAUGUACGUCACAAUGAUGAUGACAGACCAGAUUCCACUGGACUUGGCUCCGCCCCCCCUCCUGAACGGGGAGGUCCCUCUCAUGCCUCACAUGGUUAAUGGUGACGCAGCCCAGCAGGUGAUUCUGGUGCAGGUGAACCCAGGGGAGACGUUCACCAUCCGGGCGGAGGACGGCUCGCUGCAAUGCAUCCAGGGUCCAGCUGAGGUUCCCAUGAUGUCCCCAAAUGGGUCAAUCCCCCCUAUCCAUGUGCCCCCGGGAUACAUCUCACAGGUGCUGGAGGACACCACGGGGGUCCGUCGAGUGGUGGUGACCCCUCAGUCUCCAGAGUGCUACCCUCCCUCCUAUUCUCCGGCUCUGUCCCCCACGCACCACCUGCCCCCGUACCUGACUCACCCUCACUUCAUCCCCAACUCCCACUCUUUCUACCCCCCUGUCAGCCCAGGGGAGCUGCCACCUCACCAGUACUACCAGCACCACCUUCCCCCCAUGUACGGCGAUCCAGAAAUCAUCCCGGUUUAUGGUAUGUCAAACUACAUAAGUAGAGAGGAGACGUACAGUAAACCACAGCCUAAAAAGAUAAAGGAGCCGAGACAACUAGAGCGACAGAACCGACUGAAUUCCCCUCCCUCCACUCUCUAUAACAAGAGCGGCAUGGGGCCAGCACACAACGGAUACAGCAACAAAUCACACGCCUCAUCGCUGGGGUCGGUGGGGUCAGGGAGCGGAGUCAGCAGUCCAGGGGGCAAGAAGCAAGAAAGACGACUCCGCAGCAGUCCGCGAAACAGCGAGCCAGAGACACACACGCAGGAUCAUGAUUCAGAGGGGAAACGUGUGCAGGACAUGCUGUCUACGAUCGACAAACCACAGGUGUCCAAUGUUCAGGCCCGGGCUGCGAGGCUGUCCUGGGCCCCCCCAGCCGGGCUGGUGAACAGGCAUGGAAACGGGAUGCCCGUGUCCUGCUCCUAUGAGGUGUCGCUCUCAGAUAAGGGAAAAGACGGAAAGUAUCGCCUCAUAUACAGUGGCGAAGACGUGGAGUACCAUCUGAAAGACCUGAGGCCGGCGACAGACUACUACGUACGGGUCUCAGCCAUGUACAACUCUUUUCGAGGGUCGUGUUCAGAGGCCAGCGCGUUCACCACACACUGCAGCGUCCCCGAUGUCCCGUUACCUCCCAAACUCUCUCACCGCACCAAGACCACCCUCAGUCUACAGUGGAAGCCUCCAGGCGACAACGGAUCCAAAAUCACAAACUACCUACUCGAGUGGGAUGAGGGAAAGAAGAACAGUGUUUUCAGAGAAUGUUACUUUGGGAGCCAGCGACACUGUAAACUGAUGCGACUGUUACCUGCCUGUUGCUACACGUUCAGAGUGGCGGCGCAUAACGACAUUGGCACAAGUGGCUUCAGUGCAGACGUGGUGUUUUACACCAUGGGCACGCAGCCCGCUCUGCCGCUGGCUCCGCGGCUGGUCAGGGCGGGGGUGUCCUGGGUGACCCUGGAGUGGGGGCGUCCCGAAGGCAGUCCCAGUGAAGAGCAGCUCAAAUACACACUUGAGAUCCAGGAGGACAACAGCGGAACCGACUUUCAUCCAAAGUACACUGGAGAAAACUUGACCUGUACUGUACAAGGCCUGAAGAGAAGCACGCAGUAUAAAUUCAGGCUCAUAGUAUCGAACUCGGAGGGCAAGAGCAGUCCCAGCGAAGUGCUGGUGUGCACCACCAACCCAGACAAACCAGGCCCUCCUUCUACGCCCUGUGUCACCGCGGCGACGCCCUAUGGCUUCACCGUCACAUGGGAUCCUCCCCUGGACAACGGGGGCUCCGAAGCGCUCACGUACCUGCUGGAGAUCUCAGAGGGAUGCUCUGAAGAAAACCAGUGGGAGGUAGCGUACAGCGGUCCUGCAACAGAAUGUGUAUGUGAGCGACUGACACCCGGGACCUUGUACCGCCUACGAGUGUGUAGCAUCUCCACCGGAGGACACAGCCCGUGCACUGUUAGUGUUCCGGUCCGCACGUUAAGUGUCCCGCCAGGUCCCUGCCAGCCGCCGAGGAUUGUGGGUAAAGCCAAACACAAGGAAGUGCAGUUAGAGUGGGACUCCCCCGUCUGCGAGGGAGUGUGCGAGGAGUGCGUGUACAGUCUGGAGAUGAGCGAGGGGGACGCCAAGCCGGCGGAGGUGUACCAUGGCUCGGAGCUGCAGUGCACCGUCGCCAGUUUGCUGCCUGGUGCCACGUACGGCUUCAGACUGAGGGCUGCCAACGAGGCCGGGUUCGGGCCGUACUCUGAGCUGACGGAGGUGACGACUGCAGCGGGACCUCCUGGCCAGUGCGGGGCGCCACACAUCACUCUCACGACUAACACUUCUAUAACGCUCAACUGGGAGAGCCCUGAGGGUUCGGGUACAGACAUCUCUGAGUAUCGAUUGGAGUGGGCGAGGGAAGACGAACCCAUGGAGCUCAUCUACUGCGGGUCGGCCACGCAGUGUGAGCUGUCAGACCUGACGCCUGCCACUGAUUACUGCUGCAGGCUACAGGCGGUGAAUCAGGCCGGCGCCGGUCCGUACAGUGAGAAGGUGAGCUUCCGGACCCCAGCGACGCAUCCCGACCAAAUCGCAUCCCUCGCCCUCCUGGACCUCCCGACGUCCUCGGGGACGGGUCACUCCCCGUCCACCUGCCUCCUCCUGAAGUGGGAUGAGCCAAACAGCAACGGGGCUGAGAUCACCUCCUACGUCAUCACCCACGACGACCAAACCAUCACUGUGGAAUCGGGGACAAGUCAUCUGAUCACGGGCCUGCAGCCGGACAGCGAGUACAGCGUGCAGAUCCAAGCAGUGAAUGCCAUUGGCUCCGGUCCCUCGAGUCUGCCGCUGCAGGCGAGGACACGCCCCCUCCCUCCAGCCCCGCCCCCACUCGAAUGCUCAGCGGCUGGUCCUCAGAGCCUGAAGCUCAAGUGGAGUGAAAACGCUGGACACACACGUGCCCUGCUUGCUGAUGAAAUGGUCUACACACUACAGAUGGAGGACAAGAACCACAGGUUUGUGACGAUCUACCGCGGUCCCAGCCACACCUACAAAGUCCAGCGCUUGAUCGAGUCCAGCAGCUACAACUUCAGAAUACAGGCCAUCAGUGAGGCUGGGGAGGGCCCUUUCUCUGAGACAUACACUUUCUGCACCGCCAAGUCUGUGCCACCUGCCCUCAAAGCUCCCAAGGUGCACCAGCUGGAGGGGAACAUAUGUGAGAUCACAUGGGAGACCAUCCCACCCAUGAGAGGAGAUCCUGUGAGCUACGUCCUCCAGGUGCUGGUGGGACGCGAGUCGGAGUACAGACAGGUUUUUAAGGGAGAGGAGGGUGUUUUCCAAAUCUCUGGUCUCCAAGGAAACACAGACUAUCGUUUCCGCGUGGGCGCCCGCCGGCGUUGCCAGGAUACGUGCCAGGAGCUGUGCGGACCACUGAGCCCCUCCUCUUCGUUCACCCUGCGCCGCCAGGAGUCGGCCGCUUCGGGAGAGCAGUGCGCCGUGGAAACUGGCAAGGGGGUGGGCCUCAUCUCCAGCGACGAGCGCUUCGCGGCGCUGAUCGUGUGCGUGUUCGCGGGCCUCUCCAUCCUCAUCGCCUGCUUGCUACAAUACUUCUUCAUGAAGUGAGGGAAUUUUAACUAUAGGAUUGAAAGAGAAAGUAAAAUCACAGAAAAACAAACUUUUUGUCUAUGAACGAACCGAAUGAAAUCAAAGCAAACACUUGAGAUGUACUUUUAAGGCUGUGUAUGUUUUUUGUUUUUUUUUUCUAGUCAAAGUAUUGAUUCAGGCUUUUUAAUGUUGUCUUCUGGCUUCAUUCAGUUUGGUCUCACUUCUCUCUACGUCUCUGUUGUCUUGGAAUCAUUGUCCAUAUCAUUUGUUAAGGAUUUCUGUCGAGGGAAGCCUCGUCUUUGCUGUACCUCGGUUGGGAAAGAAAAGUGAUAAUCAAGCCUUAAAAUAACCGUGAGCAAAGCAUGUGCUCUCCAGACUGCCUUGCAUGUUUUUAAUUUUGUAUCUUUUUAAAACGUAUUCAGUAGAGAACAUCUGUAUUUUUUGACAGUCAUUGCCUUCAUUUUUUUAUUUUUAUAUUUAAUUUCUUUUCUUUUUUUUUGCUGCAGUCUUUGUAUUCAUUCAGCCAUAUUCACAUGUAGGCCUUCAAAAGCUUUAGCUGCUCAUCUUCACUUUGUUAACAGUCUGCAGGCCCUCGGCCACUUCAUGCAGCCUGCUUCUGCUCUCACGCUCGGACCCACCGAGACCCGGUGCGCAGACUCGCGUGCAGACCUCUGUACGUGACCGUGCACACGUGCAAACCUACACUUUUUGCAGUGACAAUGAGAACGACAUGUUUCCUCUUACGAGUUCAGUUACACAAGCGCUCAGCUUUUACCACUCAAUCACUCACUCUUUCAGCUACCAAAGUGAUGCAAUCUGUGUAUGGUGUAAGAUGCUGCUAUCCUGUGAUUUUAUUAUAUCCAUGAAAGAAUGGAAACCGGUAAUCUAUUAUAUAUAUAUAUAUAUGUAUAUAUAUGUAUAUAUAUGUGUAUAUAUAUAUAUAUAUAUAUAUAUAUAUAUAUAUAUAUAUAUAUAUAUGCAUAUAUAUGCAUAUAUACAAUAUAUGUGUUUUAUAUCAAAUAUCUAUGAUGCUAUAAAUGAUGUAAUAUAAGUGAUGGCAAUGUAAAGUCUGAAGUGCAGUGUAAAAGGGGGGGAGUGGACCAGGUGCUCAUGAAUAGCAGCUCUGAGAUCAGUUCAGCAGCGUGCACAGAAGUUGGAAGACGCCCUCGAACACUGCUUUUAGAUCAGAAUCUGAACCUUCGUAGGCAUUCAUUUGUUGGGCAUAAACUGGCUGUAAAUAGCCAGGCUGGGGAUCGCAAUUGGGCGCAAUUUAACCGGGAAGGGACCGGGCUCCACAUGUAUUAAAAAAUCUCAAAUUACGGUUGCUCCAGCCGAUGUAGCUGCUGCUGAUGUAGCUGCUGCUGAUGUAGCUGCAGCUUCAGCACCGCAGGCCUUGAGGUGCUAACGGGCCUGCCAGCCAGCUGCCCUUCUCAGAGCUGCGUCUGUUAACCAGGAAAGCCAUUAGGAGUAAGCUUAAGCUUUACCCCAUCCAAUGUUAGCCUGCUGCCAGCCAGAGCAGCGCCGAAGCUGUUCCCCCUUCCAACUCAUCUGUGAAUCGAUACGUUUGAGGACUCUUCCCCUCUUCCUUCAUCUCCUGCCCAUCAUUAUCUGUAAUUGCCCUUUUGCUCUGGCUGCUUCCCACUUGCUUUCAAUCCAUCCCACCUUUCCUCCCAUGUCUUUCACCCCUCUACCCCCCUCUCCUUUCUCUCUCUCUCUCUCUCUUUCUCUCUCCCUUUCUCUAUCAAAAGGUGCUUUAUUGACAUGUAAUCAGAGCAGUAUCAAGACUGUGAUCUCCACUCAGCCGGACUUGUUCUCUGAGGAGUUGAGCUGAUGUUCACCAACCAAACAAGCCUUGGACAGAACACAACUCAUCAGAAUAGGGCAUUCUGACACGAGACAACCCACUCCCCCACCCCCGAUCACCCGUCUGAGCCCCAUGUCCGUUUUACCUCCUAAACUGUUCUAAACUAAGCCAAGGUACAACCCGUUUCAUACCCUGAUAGUCCAAAGAAGUGUCCCAAACCGCCGUGAUUGACAUGCCAACUCUUUAUGGAUGAGGCCACUCGACGGGCGAUGGAGGCAUCGAUUAGCUCUGAUUGGCAGCCUGUGACGUACCUCAGGGAAAAGGCCUUAAUCCCGUCAUCCCCAUCACCUUGUUGACCUUCUUGUCUUCUCCUUAUUUUGCACCCCUUCUCUCGUUUUUUUUGUUUUUUUUUGGAUGUUGUACCCUGUCCUCUGUCCUUGCUGUGCCUUGCUCCUGUACGCGUCAGUAAGCAAAGUGGUUUACUAGCUCAAAAAAGAAAAAUUAAGAAAAAAAAAACAAAAAAACCUUUGCCAAAGUUGAUGGGAAAGAUAAGGUAGAGUUCUUUUCUAGGUUUUAUUUAUACUAUAUAUUUGCAUACAGUACUUUACAUGCCAAUUACAGUGCAAUCUUCAUUUAUUUAUUGUUUAAAGAUUAAGAGACAAGUGUAGUUAUAUACUAAUUUUUUCUUGUAGCAUGUUUUCUUUAAGAUUUUUUUUUUAUUUUUAUGGAUGUAUGUUAGAUUGUAUGAUUAAGGCCAGCAUUCCUUAUCAUAGUAACCCUUUAAGUAAUUAUCUUGCAGCUGUUGGGAACCUGUAGCUCAUCAGUCCAUACGUCGCAGUCUACAUUGCCGUUUCAAACAUGUAACCAAACGCCUUCGUUAUAUUGUCGAUUCAUCUCCUGCUUCUGCCGUGCACAGGCAAGCAGUUCUUGUAAUGCUUAGAGAGACAUGUAGCAAGCCAGGCCUUAGGGCCAGUUCAAGUCCUCUGUAUUGGGAUAAAUGUUUCUGCCUUUGGCUUUUUAUUUCAUUUCUCUGAAUAGUGUAAUAAUGAAGCUUCUAAUUACUUUUUUUUUGUUUGUUUUGAAAGUUUUUAAUGCCAAAGUGCAGGCUUUCUUGUGUCCACUAGAUUUUGCAUUUGCAGUUGUCUAAUGGGUUCUGUGAUGUUCUUCUGUAACGACACAGCAUUAUGAUUUUUUUUUUAUUAUUGUUAAUAUUACUCUCUCAGAAGAAAAAAAAAAUACAUUAACUUGAUCUGUGAUUACGCUUCUUUUCAUAUAUCUUUAUUAUUUUGUUUUCAUCGAGCAGAAUGUGCCAUUUUGAAAUGCGUAGCCCCUUUUUGGAAGAGAAUUUUGAACACAAACUGAUUUCACAUUAAAAGUGGAAGAAGGCAAAAAAACAACAAAAAAAAGGAGGAAAAAAAAUCAAAACAUACGAGGAUUUCAGGCAGAUGCCGACAAUAAUUUUUACGAUUCCUUUUUCAGGCUAGUGCUGGUGUAGUAGUAGUGAGUGUCUUGUAUCCAGUGUUUUGCUAAGAGAUGAUGAUAUACAGAGAUAUCUAUAGAGUUAUAGAAUAUGAUAAAAAAAAACAUUAUGACUGAUGGAGUUGAAGCACUUUUAAAAAAAAUGAAAAGCAUUAAACGUGAUGAGAUUACGAGUGAGAGGAAACGGAUCCUCGACUCUACUCCAAACACUACUGCCAACGCUUACUGUUACAUUCAUUGGCAUUAUUCUGUCAUUGGUAUCACUGUGACAUUGGCAUUACUCGAGCAACGGUCCCGUGUUGCCCGUGCGGCGCCACGCUCCCUUACAGAAUGCAAACUAGCACCGAGAGAAAGUUACGGCUCAUAAGGGGCACGGUGCCUUUUCCAGAUGUGCUUAUUGUGUGUCUACCGAGCCUGUCGCUUUGUAAUUACUGGUGUCCUUAAUACCUUGAUGUUACGUUGCCCUCACAUGGCCCAUUUAGCUGCCCUCUUCAAUCCUAAAAGCCACCUGGUGUAGCAAUACCACAUCAGACCACACGGGGGCAGCAUAUCACGAGAAAGUUCACAUGUUGGCUCCUGUUAUAAUUCACUACUUAAGUGCACCUCUAGUGGGAUAAAGUGGCAUUACAAGAUGUGCCACACCGUCUCCUCUCUUUAGCACUACUUAGCCAGCGGCCAUUUUUUUUUUCAACAAAGCAGAAGUGCAUGCCCUCUUGUGGUCAGAAGUGAUAAUGUUGCAUAUAAUGGCUUUAAUUGCCCCAUUCAGAGAGCAGAGAAUUUAGUUUUCUUUUUGUUAUAGUCAGAUAAGUUGUACAAGUGUUGAACAAUCGAAGUUAACACAGUGUUAACUGAAAGUUUUGGUGGGCUGGGUACUCCCUUUUUGUGCUCUUUUGUUUGUUUAUUUUCAAAUGCUGACAAUUUUAAAGAAACCACACUUGCCUAAACACCCCCCACCCUCACCACAUCCCCUUACAGGUCCUGCACAUUUGGUGAUGGUCAAGGAUAGUAGACCAUGUUUGCCCACCAACCCCCACGUCUGUGCCUUCUGAUCAUAUUUUAUUUUUAUUUUAAAUUUUUUUAUUUUUUUUUAUUUUCAAUGUAAAUUUUACCGUAAGUAGAGAUUUUGACUGAGAUAUUGGCGAUUCGACAAACGUACAGAGACUCGCAGGUAUUUAACUAUUUUUUAAGCAAGACAAAAAAAAGAAACAUAUUUUUACCUCACGAUUUCAAACAAACAUUCCAAUGUUGUCACAGUCUACGAUUUGACAAAAAAAAAGGAAAAAAAAGAAAUUCAUGCAUUUCUUCUUGUAUUGUAAAUGUUAGACAAUUUCAUAUGCAUUAUAUAAAAGAAACUGCCAUAUCAAUUUUAAUGUAUAGAUUUUUGCAAAUACUACCCUAUGUAUGUAAGACGUAACUGUAUCGGUAGCGUAUAUAUAAUAUAUUUAUGCCCAAUAAAUGUUUUAAUUUUUUUCUGA